AAAAAAAAAAAUUAUCUCCGCCUUAGAGAUCACAGUUAAAAAAAGAAAAAUUCCACAGCUUUACUACCAACUAACACUAACCAAGAUAUUUAAAUACACAUAUAAAAGAUCGUCUCUCGUCCGCUGAGAAAAAGGAGGAAAGCUCAGAGCUGAAAACAGAGAAGCGAAAAUGGGGAAGUCUCAGAUCUGGAUUGCCAUGGCGGCUCUGGCUUUGUUCUUCGUCUCAGCUUUAGCAGACGACGUAGUGGUGCUCACCGAAGACAACUUCGAGAAGGAGGUUGGUCAAGACAGAGGAGCUCUCGUCGAGUUUUAUGCUCCCUGGUGCGGGCACUGUAAGAAGCUUGCUCCGGAGUAUGAGAAACUCGGUUCAAGCUUUAAGAAGGCCAAGACUGUCUUGAUCGGGAAGGUGGACUGUGAUGAGCAUAAGAGCUUGUGCAGUAAAUAUGGGGUUCAGGGGUAUCCAACAAUUCAGUGGUUCCCCAAAGGUUCUUUGGAACCCAAAAAGUAUGAAGGACCAAGGAGUGCAGAUGCCCUUGCUGACUUUGUGAACCAAGAAGGAGGUACUAAGGUGAAGAUAGCCUCAGUUCCAUCCAACGUGGUGGUGCUAACAGCUGACAACUUUGAUGAGGUUGUACUUGAUGAAACCAAGGAUGUUUUGGUUGAGUUUUAUGCACCAUGGUGUGGCCAUUGUAAAAGCCUUGCUCCUAUCUAUGAUAAUGUAGCAACAGCAUUUAAAAUGGAAGAAGGUGUGGUUAUUGCCAAUCUAGAUGCUGAUAAAUACAAGGAUUUAGCUGAAAAGUAUGGAGUAAGCGGUUAUCCAACACUGAAAUUCUUUCCAAAGGGCAAUAAAGCUGGUCAAGAAUACGAGGGUGGCAGAGAUUUAGAAAGCUUUGUGAAUUUCAUCAAUGAAAAGUGUGGCACUGGUCGUGAUGGAAAAGGACAACUUACACCAAAUGCUGGUAUCGUGUCAAGCUUGGAUGCAUUGGUGAAGGAGUUUAUAGCUGCUGCUGAUAGUGAGAAAAAAGCAGUCUUUUCCAAGAUAGAAGAGGAAGUUGAGAAGCUCACAGGUCCUGCUGCAAGAUAUGGAAAGAUUUAUUUGAAAUCUGCUAAAAGUUGUUUGGAAAAAGGAGCUGAUUAUCCCAAGAAGGAAACCGAGCGCCUCCAGCGCAUGCUUGACAAGUCAAUAAGUCCAGCAAAGGCCGACGAAUUCAUCCUCAAGAAGAAUAUCCUAUCGGCAUUCGCUUAAGAACUUUGCUGUAUUUCACUCAUCUAAUAUUAGCUGAGGGUUUGAUCUUCUCCUACUGUUAUGAGGAUUGAUUUUUCUUCCUCCACUAGGAUAUGAUGUUAUUAUUAAGUUAAAUCAGAGCAGAAGUUUUACCAGCACCAUAUUUGUAGGUUUUAUAUGAAUUUAAUCACAUGGAUAAUGACUUUUAAUAGGCAGUUCAUCAUAUUCAUACCCUAAUUUCCUUCCUCAAUUUUCAAUAUAAGCAUACUAAUUUG